CGUGCCGCGCAUACCAGCCGAGUGCGCCCGAGCCGCGCCGAGCCCGCCCGAGCGAGUGCGCAGCGCGGCCGACUUCACACCGGUGCAUGCGCGAGCGCGGCGAGAACGUCUCGUCUGCACACGCUAUCUGUCAACAAACUUCCCCGCGUCCAAAAUAGCUGACGGCUCAACUUUCGAGUGAUCCUUUCCAAUAUCGACUGGUUUAUUGUGAAGUGUGAGAUCUCUGCAGAGAACUCAAAAUUAAAGUUCGACGUUGACUCAGUGAAGGAACCGUGUUAUUUUUUGUUUUGGAUCGCGUGCGCGACUCGCGGUGAGUUGCUGCCGUGGACGUGUGUGAGUGACUAUUCCGUCUACCUACAUGGAAAGUAGCCCUUGAUGAAGCUGGUACAUCAAUCCCAACCGCCGGUUUUGGUGAUGUCGCACAAUUCAUGGCGUUCGCCAAGGAAUAAGUCGGGAGGUAUCGUAGUAUGGGUGCGCGCGAUGGAGUGAGAUCAGCGUGGGAUAGCUGCAAGGGCUAGUAGCGAUGUUUGAGUCCCUGGUGUCGCGGCUGACGUCGCCGCCGGUGUCGCGGCGGCGCCACACGGUGCACACGCCGCGGGAGGUGUGCAGCGAGCCCGAGGAGGACGAGGCCCCGGUGCAGCGAAGGUCGCGGACCGCCAAGCAGCUGCUGGACAAGCGACGCAAGGCGCGGCUGUCGUGCGCAGACAUUUCCGCUGCCACUAAUGCGGAGCCGGAGCGCUCCUCGCGCAUGGACGCACUGAAAGCAUUCUUGCCACUGAGACAAUCGAAGUCACUUGGACGACUCGACGGGCUCAAAGAGACACCCGGAAUCAUGGUGGCGUACCUACUGGUAUCAGGAGUAUUCCUAACAUUCCUCAGAAAACCUACAGCCAAAAUGACUGUUUUGGAGCAGAAACUGGAGGGCGAAUUCAGAUACGUAAACGCAAGGCUCAUAACGAAUUCAGAAGAGAUCGCAUUCUAUCAGGGCAACCACAGGGAGCAGUUGACUCUCCUCGCCAGUUUCUACAAGCUGACGCGGCAUCUACGCAACUUCUUGAACUUCAGAGUCGCUAUGGGAUUCAUCGACAACAUCAUAGCUAAAUAUGUCGCAAUCACAGUCGGUUUCUACGCCGUAUCGCGGCCGUUUUUCGCCAAAAACCACAAUCUGCUCACAACUGGAACUGAAAAUGAUAGGUUUAAGCACUACUACACAUACGGAAGAAUGAUGGUCAAAAUGGCGGAAGGCAUCGGUCGUCUCGUUCUGUCCGGUCGCGAGAUGAACAAAUUGGCUGGGCUCACGGCGCGAGUCACGCAACUACGGACUGUGUUGGACGAAGUGUACCAAGGGAACUACAAGAGGACCAUGCUUGAUAGGAACUCGCAGAAUGGCACCACUACGUCUGACACGCCGAUGCUGUUUGCGCCGGGCGCGGGCCGUAUCAUCUACCAGGACAAGAUCAUCCGCUUCGAGCGCGUGCCGCUCGUCACGCCUAACGGAGACGUGCUCAUCAAGGAGCUCUCCUUUGAAGUCAAAUCAGGAAUGAACGUGCUUGUCUGCGGACCGAACGGUUGCGGCAAAUCGUCCAUGUUCCGAAUGCUGGGAGAGCUGUGGCCCAUCUUCGGCGGGACCCUCACCAAGCCGCCCAAGGGCAAGCUGUUCUAUGUGCCGCAGAGGCCGUAUAUGACUCUUGGCACGCUUAGAGAUCAGGUGAUCUACCCCCAAACCCGCGAGGAGAUGGUCCGGCGGGGGCGCACCGACGCUCAGCUCACAAAGUUCUUGGAGCUGGUGCAACUGGCGUAUCUUAGUGCUCGAGACGGCGGCUGGGACGCUGUUGAAGACUGGAUGGACGUGCUUUCUGGAGGAGAGAAGCAGAGGAUAGCUAUGGCUCGUCUAUUCUACCACGAGCCGCAGUUUGCGAUCCUGGACGAAUGCACCAGUGCCGUCUCGGUCGACGUGGAAGGCCAGAUGUACCAGUACUGCAGAGAGAUGGGCAUAACCCUCUUCACCGUAUCGCACCGCAAGUCGUUAUGGAAGCACCACGACCACUACCUCCAAAUGGACGGCCGAGGUGGCUACGUCUUCGAGGCCAUAGACAACGAAACGCAGGAGUUCGGUUCGUGAUCGAAUCGGCGUCGGCUCGGAGUCGUGGCGACGUCGAUUCGAAAGCGAACCCGGGUCAGAACGAAAUCGAAGCGCGUGUAUAUGCGAUGCACGCGUUGUGUUUUUUAAUGCAUUUUAAAUCAGUGUAUCUGUUACAAAAUGUCUUAUAUUUAUGUGUAUAUUGAAUUCAAUAUAAUGAAAUAUAAUUUUUAUUUCGUUACUUUAUUAUCUUUUUAGAUUGUGAUUCGAAUCACAUAAUACAUAGUUAACCUUUAACUAAGGUCACAAUUUCACAAAUAUGUAUUGAUCGAUCAAUCGAUCGAAAUUAUUAAAAUCUUCUCCUAGUGCGAGUAGUUAGCCAACUUUUAACGAUUUACUAUCCAUAUUUUAUUCAGUAAUUACUAAGAAAUAAAUAGUAAAUAAUGGACAUGUUUUCUUCUAUAGAACUAUCAAUUUCAAAUUUCGUAAUAGGAUGUAUAUUUAAUUUAUUUUUAUAGUUAUUAUAACAUCACACGUAAUUAUAAUACCUUUAUAAUUCUAAAAUUCUAACAUAAUACCUAAACUUGUUCCUUUCUCAU